CAGCAAUUGUUCCAUCAACAUUUCGAUAACCAGUCACCGAUUGUGCCUUCCGAUUAAGUAUCAAUUGUAAAGGUUCAUACCACACGCACUCGGAUACUAAGUACGAUGGAUUUCACCGGUAAAGUGGUUCUCAUCACCGGAGCAUCAUCUGGCAUCGGCGAAGGAACCGCGAUCUACUUCGCUAAGUUCGGAGCUUCGCUCGCCCUUACCGGACGCAACGAGGCCAACCUGAAGAAGGUCGGCGAAUCGUGCGAAAGCACGUCGAAGAACAAGCCCCUGCUUAUCGUCGCCGAUGUGACCAAGGAGGAGGAUAACAAGCGCGUGCUCGACGAAAUCGUUGCCAAGUACGGCAAACUGGACGUGCUGGUCAACAAUGCUGGCAUCUUGGCCAAUGGUUCGAUCGAAAACACGAACCUGCAGCAGUUCGAUGAGAUGAUGAACACCAACGUGCGUGGCGUGUACCACUUGACCAUGCUCGCCGUGCCGCUGCUGAUAAAGACGAAGGGCAAUAUCGUGAAUCUGUCGAGUGUUGCCGGGAACCGGUCGUUCCCGGGAAUUUUGGCAUACAGCAUGUCCAAGGCGGCCAUCGAUCAGUUCACGCGUUGUACCGCGCUCGAGCUAGCUCCGAAGCAGGUUCGGGUGAAUGCCGUAAAUCCUGGUGUUAUCAUUACGGACAUCCACAAGCGUGGUGGCAUGGAUGAAGAAUCGUAUGCGGCAUUUCUGAAGAAAUGCGAACAAACGCACGCCCUCGGACGCCCGGGAGUAGCGGAGGAGGUCGCUUCGACGAUUGCUUUUCUCGCAUCGGACGGUGCGAGCUUCAUCACCGGUGUGACUAUCAACGUGGACGGAGGUAGACACGCGAUGUGUCCGCGAUAAACUGUUGCCGUUUCGGAUGCCCUGGAAGGACCGUCAGACGGACUUGCGCAAUGGGUAAUUGGAUUAAAUCAAGAGCAUUUUAUUCGAAGCGUAUCGAAGUAAAAUAAGCU